CUAAAACACAGAAAAACAGGAAACAGAACGCAUUGAAAUUAUCUUCCAAUGACAGCGUUGCAUUUUUCGACACAACACCGGACAAGAUGGCGACCAGCAAUGGUGGAGGAAUGGAAGUGGAUGGAACAGCCAGCCCCAGUGUUAUGGCCUCGGGGGUCACUGGGAGCGUCUCUGUGGCCUUACACCCUUUGGUUAUCCUCAACAUAUCAGACCACUGGAUCCGCAUCCGCUCACAAGAAGGCCGGCCGAUGCAGGUGAUCGGAGCGCUUAUCGGGAAACAGGAGGGUAGAAACAUCGAGGUGAUGAACUCCUUUGAGCUAAUGUCUCACACCAUAGACGAUAAAGUGCACAUCGACAAGGAGUACUACUACACUAAGGAGGAACAAUUUAAACAGGUCUUUAAAGAUAUGGAGUUCUUGGGUUGGUACACCACAGGCGGUCCUCCCGACCCGUCAGAUAUACACAUCCAUAAACAGGUGUGUGAGAUCAUUGAGAGCCCCCUCUUCCUCAAACUGAACCCAAUGACCAAACACACCGACCUUCCUGUUAGUGUUUAUGAAUCAGUGAUAGACAUCAUAAGUGGAGAGGCCACCAUGUUGUUUGCUGAGCUGACUUACACCUUAGCCACAGAGGAAGCAGAGAGGAUCGGUGUCGACCAUGUGGCUCGAAUGACAGCCACCGGAACUGGAGAAAACUCCACUGUGGCUGAACACCUUAUCGCCCAGCACAGCGCUAUAAAGAUGCUCCACAGCCGAGUAAAGAUCAUUUUAGAGUACGUCAAAGCCGUCGAAGCAGGAGAGGUGCCGUUCAACCAUGAGAUCCUGCGAGAAGCAAACGCCCUUUGCCACAGACUGCCAGUCCUUAGCACCAUUAAAUUCAAAACCGACUUCUAUGAUCAAUGUAACGAUGUGGGCCUCAUGGCCUACUUAGGCACCAUCACCAAGACCUGCAACAGUAUGAACCAGUUCAUCAACAAGUUCAACGUUCUGUACGACAGGCAGGGCAUCGGCCGGAGGAUGAGAGGACUCUUCUUUUGAGCUGACGAAGCGAUGGGGGAGGGGGGCUAACGCACUAUUUUUUGUUCUCUGUUUGUGAUCUGAUCAGAUAAAAAAAGAAAAAAAAAAGAAAAGAUUUCAUUUCAGUUUAUCUUCAACCACAACCCUUUCUAAGGAGCAUUCGGCCACACGAAUCAGUUUAAAGCCUCUCUGGUCUCCUGGCAGCAGAGAUCACUGAGCACGGACGUUACUUUACCCACUUUGUUUUAUUGUUUCAUGUUUCUGUAAGUAAUAAAUGCUUUUUUUUCAUGGAA